AUGGACGAUCUACCACUCGAGCUCAAGCAGCGCGUCUGCAGCUAUCUCACGCCCAAAGAUCUGAAAUCGCUCAGGUUGACUUCCAGAGACUACGUUGCCGCCACCGACCGCUACCUCUUGCCGCGCAUCUUCUUGUUCAACCACCCCGACAGCUUUCAAGAGAUCCAGGAUAUCACCAAUCAUCCUGAUUUGAGACACUCAGUCACUACCUUGGUUGUUGACACAUCCUGUCUACGUUCCCUUCCGAAGUAUCAAGACUGGGCCCGUUACUUUGAACAUGACAGAUCUACCUCGACAAAUCAAGUCGAUGCUCGUACACAAAGAUCCCUACGUCGUGACAGAAAUCGAGCAAGAUGGAUGAAAUAUCAGGAAAGGGUUCUGGCCCAACGUAGUUCAACAAAGUCUAUGCUGGAAAGUAUUUCGCUUGCUUUCGAGAAAUGCCCCAAAUUGAGCAACCUCAUCAUCGAGUGCCUCAGUUCAAACACUACCCCCGGACUGCUUCAGAAGACGUCCCGUUUCUAUUACGACAUUCAAGCACAUGAAAUACCAACGAGUUGCUUUCAAUUGUGUUUGACGUCCACGGAAUACUGCAUAUGGGACUUGUUGAAGCCAGUUCAUGAUGCCGGCCGCAUGCUGGAAUCCUUGGUACUGCUUAACCCGUGCAUCACAUCUCCUCAAGACUGGACCAUGCCCACUACCACGAUCUUCCACAGAUUGAAGCACCUCCGAUACUGUGGUGAUCCUUCCAAAUCUUUGGCGUCUAUAACGAUUCGCGCUGCAGAGCUCCAAAGUAUCGGCAUGAUUGGCACAUACAGUGAGGAUUUGUGUUCGUUCCAAUCAUUGUUUGGCGGAUCUGUGCUGCAUAACCUUCGAGCCUGCAGUCUGGAUUUUCUGGGACUUGAUGAGAAUGAUUUGGUCCAAUUCCUGCUGCGUCAAUCAGACACACUGCAGGAGUUGAGGAUCACUCCAGAAUCCUGGGUCUCGAGGGUGAUCUGGCGAUCAUUCGCCAACCGUGUGCGAGGCCAAUUGCCCAACUUGAGACGAGUGAGGCUCCACAGACUGGGGGAACGUACGCGGCCCCUCCCGAACGGGUUGUCAACAAUGUGGUACCUCAAAGCGGCUGAUAUUCUGCAAGACCAUGCGUAUGCUCUGGAGAUAGGCCCAAGAGAGAUCGACAACGGCCUCUGGAAGGAAUAUGAGAAGUUAUUCUUCCCAGGAAAGUACAAGUGA